AUGGACUUGGAAAAUGACCCUAAUGCUGCUGUGCUGAAGUAUUUGGGGAAUGGAAACUCAUCAAACAUUGUUCAUGGUUUGGAUAGCCGAGAGAAGAAUGGAGGAAGAAGAAGUCGAUUGCUUUCACGGAAUUACCGCGCCGAGAUCACACUGUCUAAGCUGAAGUUUUGUUCUCAAUUUAUUGGAUAUGAUUAUAAAACUUUACGAUGGGAGGAAUAUGAAAUGUCUCGAGAACCGUUCGAUUUUAUCGGCUCUAAUGGAGCUUUUCUUGGCUUAUCCUGUGACUCCACUUAUCUUGUUGCACUUCGCUUGUUUAGAUCAGAAGCCAUCUUGUAUUUUCUUGAGCUAUCUCCCACUAAGGCACUUCAGCGCAACUUUCUACUUUUGACUGAAAUUGAUACCUUUACCAGGAUUCGGAUUUACUUCCAGCAAUCUAAUCGCUUCAUUUCUUCUUUUAUAUACAACCAAUCAGAUUUGAUUUCUGCAUACGAGAAUGGGCUUUCUGAGUCUUCAACAUUCCUGGUCGUUACAGUAUUUCCUGAUCUCAUGCUUCGAUUAAGUUUAAGCUCAUCGGCCACAAUCGUUCGCCGGAAAAGUCCUAAGGGAGAUGGCGUUAUGAGGAAAUAUGGUUAUCCAAGUCAUGGUUGCUCAUAUGUGUUCUCUGGGUUCUUUCUUCAAGAUUUGUCACGAUUCUGGUCUUACUUCAUAUUCAAAUUCAUGCAGAAUCUGGAUUACUUGCGAAUUCACGCUAAUGGAUUUGUGCUAAAUACCGGUGUUACUCUAUUGAUGAUUCUCUUCUCCGAAACCGCACCCGCAAAAUUGAAAUAUAUGCAAAAGAUAUGGAGGGUAAUUAAACAAGAUAAAGGACCAGUACUCAGUGGAAAGUCUCAUUCGGUCUCUGCUGACCUAGGCGAAGAAAUUCGUGUGGACGCUUCUGUCGUGCAAGAGAAUGAAUUUGAAGGAAUGUCUUAUCGCUUAGUCGACUGUGACUCAGGAAGCUUUAACGAUCCUAAAGAAUAUUGCGGACUUCGGAGGCCACUGUUUGUGUCUCGUCACGUAGUGUGUAUAGAAAGCCUUAUCGAUAGGGCUGUCAUUGUGUUCAUUCGUCGCUCAAAACUUUUCAAAGGAGCUUGCUACAAAGGAAGCCGUGAUUACGAGACUGAUAUCAGCUAUGUAGAUGAUCAGGGAGUAUGCAAAAUAAUCACUGUUUGUGUAUGCGAAGUUCAAAUUCCUUUAAAUGGUGAUGGUGACACGAAAAAUGUUUUUUAUCUUUGCCGCGUCGACACAUCAUGGAGUGUAUUUCGUGGCUGGAUACCAGGUGGUACGUGCCGGAUAUUGAAAGAGCUACCUCACGUCCUGGCUUUUAACCCACGCGCUUGGUACCCUUACGCGAGAUUUCCGGUGGAACGGGAUGGAUAUGCUUACAACGUAGCGAAUAAAGUGAUGUUUUGCGAGCAGCCACAAAGACGUCUCACAUCUUAUCAUGGAGACAUAGAUGUAAUUCUUGAUUGUAUUGAUUAA